AUGGAGCGAUGCCUGCCGGGGUUUAUCAAUACUAACGGCAUUUGGGCUGAACUCCCGUCCAAGAUCCUGACAACAGGCAUUCACGUGAACUGUUCCCGUCCAGACGGCCAAUGUACCUUGCCGCUAAGUGACGGCACGUGGCAUUCGAGUACGCGCGGCACGUGGACAGUGGCUACGAGCGGCGGAGCAACCGAGGUCUCCAACUUCGAGGCGGCACUGUCCUACUCAAGUAACGUGGCGACGCUUACUUGUCAGCAGAGUUCAGGGACACAGUACAUUUUAGGGACGAAUUUUGAGGAAGUGUUUAUGAACGUGUCCGUGUGCCUGGACAUACGGACAAUCAGUGACGAGAACACAGACAGCUACAUAUUCUACUUCGCCACAGCUGUUGAUGAUGAUACCGGGGAGCGGUUCACCAAUAACACUGACGGGGCGUGCUCGGAGAUCGGAUACGAAACAGUCGCGAACGUUCAAAUCCUCGUCAAAGAUGGUUUUGUGGCGAGUGCGGCGAUGCAACUGCCGAACCUUGCGUUGGGGAACUAUAGUGUAACAUACGAGGUGCUGUUGUCAGCGGUUACCGUGGAGAACUGUACACUUGACACGUGUACCAACAAGACACUCAUGGAGUUCGGCAACUCUGACCCAACUCAGUACCUCGGCUUUACAAGUGGUGGUCAGAUGUACUCCAUCUACACGGACUCUUCUGGGACUGACACCUUCACGUUAACGUACAACGCGGACGUUAGUACGGAUGGCAUCAACACUCAUCGCUUUGCAUGCUGGGCGCUUCUUUAUUCCGACGGGACGUUGCAAGCGACGGUACUUCCGGAACAGUGCGAGGGCUCUCAGACAUCCACGGCGGUGACCAGUGGCGGACAGAGGUUAACCAUGACCCCAUAUUUCACAUGCGGCCCAGAGGAGGAGGCCGUUGGUGGUCUGGCGGGCUGGGUGAUCGCACUAAUAGUCCUUGGUAUCUUGGCGCUAAUCCUGAUUGUUGCUAUCAUUAUUGUCUUCAUUUGUAUGCGCAAGACCGUCGCGUCCUUGGAUGAUGAGGAGAUGCUUAAGAAAGAGGGUUCCCGGCAAUCGACCCCGGACAGUCUGGUUGGGUAUGGGGAGAAAGAAAAGGAGGCCAUGAAAACCAUCAGGCACGGGAAGGACCCAGCAUAUAAACCGUCUAAACGGGAAAAACCAGACCGGGAGAGGACGUUUGAUUUGACGGAGAUUGGGAAACCUGGGGGCGGGAAAAAGUUACAGGACGGACAACCCGUGGAAGCAGAGAAAAGAGUGGAGACUUCAAAGAGUGUGCAGCUACGAAAAGAUAUACAAGGUGGUGAAAGUUUGGGACCCAUCGUGUUUCCACCCGGCAAGAAACCUAUACCACCGACCACCCCACGACCAGACAAAGAUGACGAAGUGCUGUUGCGGAUUAAGAAGGAACGUGAGCGAAAGGAGCGCGAGCGUGAGGAGCGCCGGAAGAAGGAGAAACAAGCAGAGGAGCUCCGAAUUAAAAUGGAGGUCAAGAAGGACCCCGAAGAAAUGGUUGAUAAGGUGAUUAAGCACCCUAAAGAACCGGAAUCCAGUGACGAAUAUGAGACCGACGAUUCUCAGAAAGAGGAGAGGGCCAAGCAGUUAAGGGAAAAGCGGCGGCGGCUGGCAGGUGCGACUUGGACUCCUCCGGGUGGAUUGUCGAACGCCAAGGACGUGGUCGGCAGGAAGAAGCGCAGGAAGCGACACGGACACGAUGAGGGAGAACUUGGUGGGGCGCUCGUGACCCGCGAACAGCAAGAUCAGCUAGAGUUCGACCGCCGCCGCCAAAAGAAGGCGAUGCGUAAGCGCGCCAAGGGCCGCCGCCAGCAAAGUGAUGUCAGCGGAAGUGAGACGGACACGGACAACGGUCAGCGUCGCCGGAAGCGGCGUAAGCCGCUGGCUCGAGGAGCACCGUUCAUGGACAAGUACAUUGUUAAGAAAGAGAUUGAGCACGAGUUGGAUGAAAUUGACUUUUGGAACGAGAAGACAAACACAGCGAAAAAUGUUGACGACAUUAUUGACGAAAAACCCAAAGGAAAGACUCUACAUGUAGCGCCGGCGGACACUCAGGUCAAAGUGGAAGCGCGCUCGCCCUCCCAAAUCGAGACAGCUCUGAUGGAAGAGGAAAGCGUCUGGGCCGGAUAUGGAAUCACUGGAUUCACACCGGGUCAAAGUGGGGAACUACCAGACGGGUUCCAUUUUGACAAGGAAGGGAAUGUUGUGAGAAAUGUUGACGGUAAACUUAUUCCUAAAGACAUCUAUCUGAAACAGAUGGAACUGCGGAAAAGGUUUAAUGUAUUUGCACUCCCGAGAUUGAAGAGGAGCACAGACGGUCGUCCAGUCGGGGGAUACAAGGACGAAGAGUUCGGGCCGACGGCUUCCUGGGACUUCGGCGAGCCGGCGAGCGGCACAGACGGGGAGGAGGAUAAACGGCAGUCAGUGUAUAUCAGGCCGGCCUCCGGUCGCCAGGUCGCCUUUAGUGUCGGCGGCGAUAGAAGUAAGACAUCUUCUCCUUUGGAGGACAUCGACUACAAUACACGGAAGGGCUGAGGUCUUCCUGGACAGGCAAUGCAAACUUGAUUCC